GGAAGGCAAAGGGGCAUAUGGUGUAAAAUAAAAUUUAUUAUUUGACAUCGUGUGAUAUGAGUGCUUGAUUCUUCUGUUCUUUGCUGCAUCACCAACCCAAGUUACAAUUAAGAUACUUGAUUAAUCCAGUGUUGUAAAAAUGGCUGCCGCUGAAACUCUAUCUCCCCAACAAGAAGUUGAUGUUCUUGAUGAUGAGAAGAAGACGAGGAUGGGCUCAUUCAAGAAGGUAGCAAAAAGCGCUUCAAACAAGUUCAGGGAUUCUUUUAAAAAGGGAAGGCGAAGUAGUAAAGUAAUGUCGUUUGAGAUUGAGGAUGUGCACGACGCAGAAGACGUAAAGGCCGUCGAUGCAUUUCGUCAAAGUCUUAUAUUGGAGGAAUUGUUGCCCUCAAACCACGAUGAUUACCAUAUAAUGCUCCGAUUCUUGAAGGCCAGAAAAUUUGAUCUUGAGAAAACAAAACAAAUGUGGUCUGAUAUGCUUCAAUGGAGAAAGGAAUUUGGUGCUGAUACUAUCACACAGGACUUUGAUUUUAAAGAACUAAGUCAAGUGCUAGAAUACUAUCCACAUGGGCACCAUGGAGUAGAUAAAGAUGGACGACCAGUGUACAUUGAAAGAUUAGGGCAAGUAGACCCUCAUAAGCUCAUGCAGGUCACUACAAUAGAACGUUAUGUGAAAUACCAUGUUCGAGAAUUUGAACGCUCGUUCGACGUCAAGUUUCCGGCCUGUUCAAUUGCCGCAAGGAAGCACAUCGAUCAAAGUACAACUAUUUUAGAUGUGCAAGGAGUGGGUCUUAAAAAUUUUAACAAAUCUGCAAGGGAACUUAUCACUGCUCUUCAGAAGAUUGAUGGUGACAAUUAUCCAGAGACUUUGUGCCGUAUGUUUAUCAUUAAUGCUGGCUCUGGAUUUAGAAUGUUGUGGAACACUAUUAAGUCCUUCCUUGACCCUAAGACCACAGCAAAGAUCCAUGUUCUUGGUAACAAGUAUCAGAGCAAGUUGCUGGAAAUAAUUGAUGCUAGUGAGUUGCCGGAGUUUUUAGGAGGUACUUGUACUUGUGCUGACAAAGGAGGCUGCAUGCGUUCUGAUAAGGGCCCAUGGAACGAUCCAGAGAUUAUGAAGAUGGUUGAAAAUGGCGACCAUAAAUGUACAAGUAAAUCUGGAACUCAAGAAGGUGAUGAGAAGCCAGUUUCUGAGGAAGACAUAAAAGACGACUCUGGCAAUGUUGAGACACCAAAGGGCCACCAGCCACCGCUUACUGCAAUUCAAGCGCAGGCUCAAAUUUUGAAAUCUUUCAAAAUGAUCGAGGACUUAGUUCCGAUGGUUGACAAGCCUGUUGAUGCAGCUUGGCAAAAAGCGAUUGAGAGAGAAAUAUUUUCCUUCAAGAAAGACGUUGCGAAAAUGCAAGAUCCUCGCAAGGGUCCUGAAGAGAACUCUCAGAUUUUCAGUGGGGUGAUGGCGUUUGUUAUGGGCAUUGCCGCAAUGAUCAGAGUGACACGCACCCUACCUAAGAAGCUCACUGAUGCCACCAUCUAUUCAAAUCCCGAAUACUGUAUUGAAGAUACAAAGCCGAAAAGCGCUGCACCUGAUGCCUAUGGUGCUGAUUACAUGGUUAUGGUAAAACGCAUUGCUGCAUUGGAAGACACAGUGAAGAUUUUGACCGCCAAACCUGCAGCUAUGUUGGCUGAGAAGGAGGAAUUGUUGCAAGCAGCAGUCAGUAGGGUUGACAUGUUGGAGCAGGAGCUCUUGGCAACUAAGAAGACUUUGGAGGAAUCACUGGCUCAGCAGGAGGAACUCAUUGCUUAUUUAGAGAAGAAAAAGAAGAAAAAGAAGCUGUUGCAGUUUGCCUGGUAAAGAAGAAAGCGGGAAACCUGAGAGAGAUUAUCAGGAAAGUGGUGCAGUGGUGACGUUUUCUUUUUCCAAGGCCACCCGAAUGCACUCAAGUUGGACGCUCGAUUGUAACAUUAUAUAACUCUGAAUCUGUCAUGUAAAGCCAUUCUUUUCACUCGUGUAUAUUAUAUUAUGAAUAAAAUUUGGCUGUGCAUUAUUUCAAUGAUA